UUCAGUUGAUAACAGACAAUUGUGAACAGCGUACUUUACAUAUAAAAAAGGAAACAGUGAAUUUAAAAGUGAUUAAUUUUUUUGUGAUAUAAAAAAGUAGACUUUGGAAAAUAAUUUAAAAAGAAAAUAAGUGACGUCAUAUAAAUAAGAGUUUUUCUAUCUGUUCCGAAAAAACAGUUAAUAGAACAUAUACUUUAAAAACAAUAAAAAUGCAAAUCUUCGUGAAGACUUUAACUGGCAAGACCAUCACCCUUGAGGUCGAACCUUCGGAUACGAUUGAAAAUGUCAAGGCUAAAAUUCAAGAUAAGGAGGGUAUUCCCCCAGAUCAACAACGUCUAAUUUUUGCCGGUAAACAAUUGGAAGACGGACGCACUUUGUCCGAUUAUAAUAUUCAAAAAGAAUCUACUCUCCACUUGGUUCUACGUUUGCGUGGUGGCAUGCAAAUCUUUGUUAAGACAUUGACUGGCAAAACCAUCACUUUGGAAGUUGAGCCUUCUGAUACUAUUGAAAAUGUUAAAGCUAAAAUUCAAGACAAAGAAGGAAUCCCACCAGAUCAACAACGUUUGAUUUUUGCUGGCAAACAAUUGGAAGACGGGCGCACAUUGUCUGAUUAUAAUAUACAAAAAGAAUCUACAUUGCAUUUGGUAUUACGUUUGCGUGGUGGCAUGCAAAUUUUCGUUAAAACAUUAACGGGUAAAACAAUUACAUUGGAGGUUGAACCUUCGGAUACUAUAGAAAAUGUUAAAGCUAAAAUCCAAGACAAAGAAGGUAUUCCCCCAGAUCAACAGCGUUUGAUUUUCGCUGGUAAACAAUUGGAAGAUGGCCGCACUUUAUCCGAUUAUAACAUUCAAAAAGAAUCCACCCUUCACUUGGUAUUGCGUUUGCGUGGUGGUAUGCAAAUUUUCGUUAAAACUUUAACCGGCAAAACUAUUACCUUGGAAGUUGAACCUUCCGACACUAUUGAGAAUGUUAAGGCCAAGAUCCAAGAUAAGGAAGGUAUUCCCCCAGAUCAACAACGUUUGAUCUUCGCCGGUAAGCAGCUGGAAGAUGGACGCACCCUCUCCGAUUAUAAUAUCCAGAAGGAAUCCACCCUUCAUUUGGUAUUGCGUCUCCGUGGUGGUAUGCAAAUCUUCGUUAAAACCUUGACCGGCAAAACCAUCACUUUGGAAGUCGAACCUUCUGAUACCAUUGAAAACGUCAAGGCCAAGAUCCAGGAUAAGGAAGGUAUUCCCCCAGACCAACAACGUUUGAUCUUUGCUGGCAAGCAGUUGGAAGAUGGACGUACAUUGUCCGAUUACAACAUCCAAAAGGAAUCCACCCUUCACUUGGUAUUGCGUCUCCGUGGUGGUAUGCAGAUCUUCGUGAAAACGUUGACUGGUAAAACCAUCACUUUGGAAGUUGAGCCUUCUGAUACCAUUGAAAAUGUUAAAGCUAAAAUCCAAGAUAAGGAAGGUAUUCCCCCAGAUCAACAACGUUUGAUCUUCGCCGGCAAGCAGUUGGAAGAUGGUCGCACCCUUUCGGAUUACAACAUCCAGAAGGAAUCCACCCUCCAUUUAGUAUUGCGUUUGCGUGGUGGUAUGCAAAUCUUCGUUAAAACCUUGACCGGCAAAACCAUCACUUUGGAAGUAGAACCUUCCGAUACCAUCGAAAACGUCAAGGCCAAGAUCCAGGAUAAGGAAGGUAUUCCCCCAGACCAACAACGUUUGAUCUUCGCCGGCAAGCAGUUGGAAGAUGGACGCACCCUUUCGGAUUACAACAUCCAGAAGGAAUCUACUCUCCAUUUAGUAUUGCGUCUCCGCGGUGGUAUGCAAAUCUUCGUGAAAACCUUAACCGGAAAAACCAUCACCUUGGAAGUCGAACCAUCCGACACCAUCGAAAACGUCAAGGCUAAAAUCCAAGAUAAGGAAGGUAUUCCCCCAGACCAACAACGUUUGAUCUUUGCCGGUAAACAAUUGGAAGAUGGACGUACCCUUUCGGACUACAACAUCCAGAAGGAAUCCACCCUCCAUUUAGUAUUGCGUUUGCGUGGUGGUAUGCAGAUUUUUGUUAAAACCUUGACCGGCAAAACCAUCACUUUGGAAGUUGAACCUUCCGAUACCAUCGAAAACGUUAAGGCUAAGAUCCAAGAUAAGGAAGGUAUUCCUCCAGAUCAGCAACGUUUGAUCUUCGCCGGUAAACAACUGGAAGAUGGUCGUACCUUGUCUGACUACAACAUCCAAAAGGAAUCUACCCUUCACUUGGUAUUGCGUCUCCGUGGUGGUAUGCAAAUCUUCGUUAAAACCUUGACCGGCAAAACCAUCACCUUGGAAGUCGAACCUUCCGAUACCAUUGAAAACGUCAAGGCUAAGAUCCAGGAUAAGGAAGGUAUUCCCCCAGAUCAGCAACGUUUGAUCUUUGCCGGCAAGCAGUUGGAAGAUGGUCGCACUUUGUCUGACUACAACAUCCAGAAGGAAUCUACCCUUCACUUGGUAUUGCGUCUCCGUGGUGGUAUGCAAAUCUUCGUAAAAACUUUGACCGGAAAAACCAUCACUUUGGAAGUCGAACCUUCUGAUACCAUUGAAAACGUCAAGGCCAAGAUCCAGGAUAAGGAAGGUAUUCCUCCAGAUCAACAACGUUUGAUCUUCGCUGGUAAACAAUUGGAAGAUGGACGUACCCUGUCGGACUACAACAUCCAGAAGGAAUCUACCCUCCAUUUAGUAUUGCGUUUGCGUGGUGGUAUGCAGAUUUUUGUUAAAACCUUGACCGGUAAAACCAUCACCUUGGAAGUUGAACCUUCCGAUACCAUUGAGAACGUAAAGGCUAAAAUCCAGGAUAAGGAAGGUAUUCCCCCAGAUCAGCAACGUUUGAUCUUCGCCGGUAAACAACUGGAAGAUGGUCGUACCUUGUCUGACUACAACAUCCAAAAGGAGUCCACCCUCCAUUUGGUGCUACGUCUUCGUGGAGGCGCAUAUUAAUUCUAUUUUUAAAUUUAACAAUAAUAUGAAUUUCAAAAUUUUUUUUAUAGUAUUCCAAAUGUAUCUCGUUAAUUUAAAAUCUAUUUUGUAUUCAAUUUCUUAUUUUUUAAACUAAUUAGUUUUUUUAUUGAAUUGAAUUUUCCCGUUAUGUUAAAAAAUAAAAUAUUAACAAGAUAUGCAAUAAUUUAAACAAAGAUGUAUAAUUUUCUGUGGUUUUAUUUUGAUAGUUUUUGGCGGUGGUAUGGGGUAUAAAAACGGUAGCUUCUGAAAAGAAGAAUAUUAGGUUAAUGCUGGAGCCGAACAUUCUUGGGUAGUUCUAGGGAAAUUGGUUUCAUCGAAAACUCAGUAGGUCUCUUGAGUUAGGGAAACUUUGGUGGGAUAACUUUACGAUCGUUCUAGAGAAACACGUUACAGUUGAUAAGAUUAAUAGGAAUAAGGGCGGAAUCGCCGCAUUCUUUAUUAAAUAAGCUUUCGUAAUGAAAACAGUCGAAAGUGACAUCUCAAAAAGAUUUGUCUCAGAAUUUUAUUCAGGAAAUUGGAAAAGUCAAAACGGAAUCCAUCGAAAUAACACCUACGAAAUCGAUAAAUAGAUAAUUCAGUGGAUUCGUAAGCCCAUCCAAAAACGCCAACUAUAGCAACACCAAAUUUAAUAAAACUACUAAACACAGCUUUAGCUUUUUACACGAAAAAAAUGAGUAAAUAUCUCAAAAGUUCUCUCUUUCUCUUUUUAUAAUCCAGCUGAUGGCAUAUAAGGAGAACAAAAUAAACCCCCAACAACAACAACAAUUCAUCUGUAUUUAAUGAAUACUUAUUUUCCACUACUGUUAACAAAAAAAGAAUUGUAUUUUUUUCCAUCAGUCAUAGUCAUAUAUUUGGCACAAUUUUAUUUUUUACAUUCACUACGCAUUACUGAAGCAAAUAGAAACAAGAAAAAAAUGGUCGAAAUCACUUUAGAAACUGUAAAACAGCACAAUAAACCCACUGAUUUAUGGAUAAUAAUUGAAAAUAAAGUUUAUGAUUUAACCAAGUUUCGCAGUGAGCACCCUGGUGGUGAGGAAGCCUUAGAUGAGGUAGCUGGUCGUGAUGGCACUAAGGAUUUCAUUGAUGUGGGUCACAGCCAAGAAGCCAGGUAAAU